AUGCAGAUCGCAAAGAUGGCGUAUCGGAUAAAGCCGGGCAAUGCAGAGGACGGGUUGAUGCAGCAGGUCCUGAGUCGGCUGCAGAACGUGGACAAUCAGAAACUGGUGACCUCUGCUCACGCCACAGGGACUCUGGAGCGGGUAUGCAAUCUCCUGGAGCCCGACGAUCUGGACUUAAUGAGCGUUGCCACGAAUUUAUUUGUACAAUAUGUUGUUAAGUUGGUGGAGCAGGCUGCGAAGCUACAGCCAUCCGAAAUGGGCCCCGAGAUGGCCGCUGACAUGUUGCUGGUCUCACCGCUGCUCUGGGCAGACACCUUCAGUGCGGUCUAUCCGUCCCUUGAGAAACACGUGUGUAUUUUCUUCGCCACAGAAGACGCCUGCAAAAUAGAACUCAGCGUCACCGAAGGUAAGGAACUCAGUUCCGUCGCCGAUCGCAACUAUUAUUGGCAUGACUGUGCCAUUGACGUUGUCGAACUCAACCGCACACCCACCUCCAGGAACCAACCAACCACUUGGUCCAAACGUCAACAAUUGGUCAUCAAGAAAUAUGGAAAUAAACUUAAGACCGCCUACCCCUGCCAGAGCGUCAGGUCCAACGCGCUCCGCAUCAUCAAAGAACCCACCCUCUACGCCACUCCGGGACCCGUGCACAGACCCCCCCCAUACCAGCCCCCCCCUGUGCUCUCACAACCUGUCGCGGUUUCACAACCUAUGGCCUACCAACAACCAAUGGUAUCCCAACAGCCAGUGACGUACCAACAGACAGUCCCAUACCAACAGCCAGUCCCGUACCAACAGCCAGCGACGUAUCAACAGCCUGUGACGUAUCAACAACAACCGCCACAAGUCAUUAUCGAGGAGGUUGUUCGGGAGGUACCCGUUGUUCGGGAGGUCCCUGUUGUUCGAGAGGUCCCUGUUGUACAUGAAACGCGACCGCAGUAUAUCCAGCCCGUCGUUGCGUCUCCGCCUGUGGCUCCGACCCCGCCCGUGGCGGUCGUGCAGCCCGUGGUUGUGCGUCAGGACUCGGCAUAUCAUCGAGCCGAACCCGGAGUCACAAUUGAGGUCGAGGCAAGCGACGCCGCCGUGACGCAGAGUACGGAAAACGGCUACCCGGUAAUCACCAUCAGCGUGCCGCCGAGUCCCACUGAGCUGCCCACACCGGCUCCGGUGGCACCAGCCGGUCCCACCAUCGAGCAGGUCACCAAAAUGAUCCUGCAGACCAUCAUGCAGACCUACGGAACCACCACCACCACCACCACUCCUACUCCUCAAUUCCCUUUCCAAAUGCUCUUCCCAGGCUUCCCUAACAGUCUGCCCCCCGGCGUCCCCGUACCGAUGCUGCUCCCGCCGACGGGCCCCUUCAACUUCGCACCCAUGGGCGCCCCAGUAACGCUCAACGAGACCGUCCUGAUUCCGCAACAAAGGGAGGACGGGACCUGGACUUACGACCUUAACCUGCAACAGAAUAGCCAACGCAAUCGCUCGGGUGGCAGUCCUGACGGUAGCUCAGGUGGCAACUCGGGAACCAGCUCGGCAGGAGGCAGUAGCACCGCGGGGGAAGACCUCUCGGGGGGCGACGGCACCUCGGGAGAAUGGUUCUCCGAGUCGAUGACCUCUACCUCCACCACUCCGACCCCGAAGCCGCCGCCAUCCCGGUCGAACCGCAACGGCAGAACUUCGGACAGAGCGGGGGGCUCUGAACGCGGCUCGGAUCGCGCGACUGAAGCGGGCAGUGAACAUCGCAACGAACGUGCUCAGAAACAAAGCUCCAAGGGCGGCAAGAAGACCAAGGUCUUCCAAGGCAUCUCGGUGUUGGAGUGUUACGACGACGACGAAAACUGCGUGGAAAUCUUCCACGACCCCAACGCACAACUCCUGUCGCCCAAUACCGCCCAACUCACACCUCAACUCACACCCCAGCUCUCGCCCAGUGCGCCGCUGCCCUUCACGCCCUUUGCUCCGGCUGCCAGCGCAUCCUUCACUCCAGCUGCGACCACUCCUCUCUCACCGGUUCCGAAUGCCCACUUCGCGGCCGUCACGAAUUUGCACGAAGGACCCAUCCAAGCGCCUGUUUUCUCCACGGCCCAGACGACCAUCAUUGGCCCCAGAACGACCGCUGGCUCUCGCCAGCCGGCGCCGGCGCCGGAACCCGAAGUCGUCUGGGAAGAAGCGCAUGAAGCAGAACCAUCUAUUACGUUGGACUCCUCCAGUUGGCUGGACCCCUCCACAUGGGUGGAGACGGCUCAGCGCCUGGACAUGCCCGUGCGGCUGGAGAUGCCCCUGCAGCCGACCACGCCCCAGCGACUGGAGUCGCCGCAGCGGCCAGAGUCACCCUUGCGACCGGAGACUCCGUUGCAACCGAACACGCCCCAGAGACCCGAGACGCCCCGGAAGCAGCAGGAACCUGUGGCCGAGUACCGAGCCCCUUCACGUGUGGAAGUGUCCGUCUACUCACCCACCACCACCGCCCGACCAACCACUGCGCCCCAGCGACUGGAGUCACCUCCCCGACCGGCGCCUUGGAACACUCGCUACUCGCGGACGCCGACUCCGUACGCCACCACCACCACCACCACGACUCGCGCCCGCGCCGCCGUGGGCUUGCCGGACUGUACCUUGGACGACGCUGACUGCCCCAAACAUCACCACCACCACGACCGGCUACGGACCGUCGUCGAGGAACUCUUCCCCAACCUGCCCGUGGCGGAUACCUCUCCCAACUCCGCCUCGACCGCGCCUGUCCGCAGUGCCGAGGAACAGUACAGCUGGAGCACGCCGGCGCCUCGUAGCCGCACACAGUGGAACACCGUACGGUCACCCACAGCCUCCAACGGCUGGAUUCACAACGCCACCUGUCCUGCGGACUUCGACUACGAACUCACCAUCCUCGAGGAAAAGGAGGCGGGCCUAGACGUCGACGGCGACCGCGAACGCCUGGAGCAGUAUCUCAUCAACAGCCGUCUACAGGAGGUCGUGGAUACGUCCGACGUCGACGAGCCCGACGCCGUUGACUACCGUCGCAGCUUCCACGAAAUGCUCGACCAACUCACCAAAGACCCGCCCGGCGCCACGACAAACGGUCCGGCGUUCUCGGGGGUAGUCCCCAAUAGCAAAAGCCCCAAGCCGCCGCCGCCGUCGGCGGUCGUCGCCAAGGACUCCAGCCGGGCGAUUGUUGGGGACGCAGCAGACGCCGUCGAUGAAGUGCCGGUCUUCCGGCAAGUGGCCGGGCGACUGGACCAGAUCGCGGACUUGCCGUGGAUGCCCGCGUUGGGUGGAACGCUUAAGAAGCGUGUGAUGAAAACGCUGGACCUCUUGGCGGGCGGGCCUUCUCUGGGCAGUGGUGGCUUGGCCUCGGCCGGUUUGGGCCUGGGUCUAGGUGGUCUGCUGGGCGGUUUCGGAGUAGAGGAGGCGCCGGCGGGGUUGCCUUCAUUCCUGUCGACUGAGAGCGACGCCCGUGCACGGCUUGACGGGAUGGGCUCAUUAUCGGUGUGCGAGCGACAGGGCGUAGUGGCAUUGUGGCAGGAGGCUCGCUGGGGUGUGUUAGACGCAGCGAUGCUGGACAGUUGGUACACGCGCACAGCGGACCGCGCACUCAAAGGCGUAGAGGCGAGUUGUGCGACACUCGGCCAGGUGCAGGCGGCCGCACUUUGGGAGCGACUAGGACGGAUGCACUCGCUCUGGGACCACGAGGCUCGCGAAUGUUAUCUGGGUGCAGCGCAGUUAAGCGCCAGCUUGGACCGCUACAUUGCGCGCGUGCGAUCAGGUGUGCCCUGUUCUACACCCGACGAGACCGUCGAGUUCGGCGACGCCGCGCCCGAAACCUUCGCCGACUGCGCGUUCGAAGGCUACAAACGAGUUAUCGCUGACAUCGAGCCGCAGAAGGAUGUACCCUCGGCAGAAAUUGAACGCCUCGCCUCCGCCGUCGCACUCCAGUGCAGCUACCAAGAUGAAGCAGGAGACGUGUCCGCUUUCCUCCUAGACGCGCUCCACACACGAGCCGUUGCAGCCGCAGCCGGUCGCGCUGCCUCAGCCCUCACUGUCAGCGAACGCCGAACUGCACUCUUCGCCAACUAUCGACCCGUACACGCACGCAUCGACGGUUACCUCCGAUACUGCCUCAAACAGGGCACCUGCACUCCGAAACGCCUCAUGACACAGGUAUACACCACCGCACUUCCUUACCAAGGCUGUCUUGACGAUGUGGAAUGGAAGUCCGCUCUACUGCUCAUCGUCGAACGCACUUUCCUCAAAGUCGCCAAACUCUCUCACAACGUCGUGCUCGGGGACGUCGUCUACAAACUCGGCGGCAAACCGCUCGAAGGCCUCUCCGCCCGAGUCAGCAACCGCGCACAACGCCUUGGUGUCCUGCCAAAACCAGACCUCGAAAUCCGCGCCCGGGCUCCCUAUGUCAUGGAUAUCUUCAACCCCUUCGAGGACCAAAAGCUCGCAGGAUACGCCGCCAAUACCUACGACUUACCGAAAGCCGCCGAGGUCACCUCUAUCCGCGAAGAAGGUGAACGCAAAAUUUCACGCAAAUUGCAAGAAUUACCUGCCCACAACGUGGACCCGGUGUUUGCGAUGGAGACGGAAGAGGUGGAUAGCGUGGGAGCGGACAGCACCGAAGACGACCCCAGCUACUACCAGACCAUGCCCACCACACCGCCAGGCACCAAAUCGACCCGUCCGCCGAAUUCGUCUGUCGUGCCGGCACCGGUUGCAGACUGGCACGAUGAAUGGGGCCAUCCUGUGCCUCGUCACAACCCCGACCCGGAUCCGGCCGCAGUAGGCAUCCCGGAUCUCAUUUGGGACUUGCCCGAAGAGGAGUUGACCAUGGCUCCAGAAGACGCGCAAUGA